GCUGGCUGCAGCGGAGCUCCUAUGGCUUUCCUUCAGGGACCGGAAGGCAGGCUGCUCGCCCUGGAUGCUGUGACUGAGUGCUGCCGGUGGUGAAUGAUGAGGUACUAAUCUACACAGAGGGAGUUUAUAUAUAUAUAUGUAGAUAUAUAUGUAGAUAUAUAUCUACAUAUAUAUAGGAGGAGGCCAUGCCAGACUGCCCUGAAAAUCUCCCUCUUGGUGAGUGCACCCUGUCCCAGUCCCGGGACCAGCUGACUCCCCCAAGCAGGACUGACAGCACCGUGCUCAGCCUGUCGCACAGCGAGUCCUUCUGGACCACCGAGCCCACCCGCAGCAACUGUGAGAUCUACUGGUUCCCCAUUCACCUCAUGUCCACUGGGGGAAGCUUCCUGGCAUGCGGCUCCAUCAUCAGCGGCCUGUACUUUGCCGGCCACUGCAGGAAGGUGACCAACAUCCUGGGUCCGGCGUUGCUGUCCAUCGGCCUGAUGGUGUUUGUGGUGGGUGUGGUCCUCAUUCCUAUCACAAAGGAGAACAGGAAGCAGCCUGCCAUGAAGAAGGCGCUUAGCUACUACAAACCUCCGGCGUUCAAUCUGUGAUGACGAGGUGGCCGGUGUCAUUUUCUCACAUGGCUUUGGGUGAGAAAGAUUUAUGCUACACAAUAUUCAGAAUGAGGAAGUCCUACAAAAAGCACAACUGAAUAUUGGCCUUGGCUUUGGAUGUUUGUUGGAGGAUGCUGUGAGGUCGUAUUUGAAUUUGCUUAGGUUUGCUCAGCUCUGCAAGACUAACAGCAUUGCCCAUCAGUAUGCACCUAACUCAGCCAAAUGUGCAUGGCAAGAUUUACAUUGUACCUUAAUAACCGCGGCUGUCGAACUUUGUCAAAAGUAUGUGGGCGUACGAGGACUCUGAUAUGCUAUGUAAAAUGCUGUUACUCGCACCUACCACCAAUUGGGUGACAAGGAUAUCCGAAUGCGAGCCAUCCCGGUGAAUACCACCUGGUGUGAAGGCCUUACUGUUUUGUGGUGUAUGCUGACUCCUGAAUAAUUAAAAGUACC